AUGGAUGGCGCGCGGUCGGCAAUGGUUAACGAUUAUUCCGGCCGUUCCUCACAGCGUCGAGUGGAUCUACUGGCUUCUCAGCUAACGUAUGUUGUUUUCAUUGUACAUGCUGUUUCAGGUUAAUGAAUUCUGGUGUUUUUGAGGGUUUUUAUGUUUUUUUUUAGCGGGAUUGGGGGAUUUUUUAAUAAAUUGAGUUUAAGGAUGUUGGUUUAGGUAAUAUUUUGUUAAGAACCUUGAUUUAGUUAAUAUUUUGAGGAAAAUGUUGUUUCGAUUAACAUUUUGAGGAAACUCUUGUUUUAGGUAACAAAUUUUCGAAAUUCAUAUUAAAAUUUAUGUGUUUUUGGUUUCCAGGGGCUCAUAUUGAUUUUUUAUUGUUAAUAAGAUGGGUAUAUUGCAUAUUGUUUUAGGCUUUAGUUUUGAAGGAAAAUUAUUUUAUGUGAGAUUUUAGUGAAAAAUUGAAAUGGUUUUUUAUCUUUAUUAAUUUUUUUACAUUUUACAAUUAAAACUUUUCAAUUUUUAGAGAAAAAGCUAUAAAAAUCUCCGCCCAACCAGUGGUGGCCCGCUCCAAUGGUACCCCGCCCAAAACCUCGAAGCCGGGCCCUCAGGCCAAGGCCAAGAAGGACGAGAAAGCCUCGACGCCGAUGCGGACCCGGUCCAAGCACUUCGAAGAAACGGCCGUCUCUCUGACCCCGGCCGAACAGGCCACUCUGGGGGCAUCGUCCUCGCUUCUGGGUGCGAUUACUCAACAACCUCAUUGCAUGGUGUGUAAGCGCGGCUUCAGGAAGGGAUCAGCAGCAGCCAACAACAUCAGAAAUUGCAAACAAUGCAAAAGAUCGGCCCAUUCAACUUGUGAUGGAGGUUUUUCCAAAGAAAACGUCUGUGGAGAGUGCAGUGGAGCUGAAGUCAGUCGAGAAUCUGGCCUUCUAGAUGGCUCAAUGGAAGCGGAAUACGAUGCCAAAGCUUCACCGUCGAAUGUGCUACAAGAAGAUGUGAUUUCAAUUGAUUUUGACGAGGAAACGAUCAAAAAGAUCAGCCAAACGAUAGCUAAAAGCAGCGUGCCCACGCCUCCGUCAGAUUCCAUCGCUGCCAAUGUUCAACAACGCAAGCGACAACGGAAACCGCGACAAACAACGUCUCCACAACCGUAUAGUAGAAGGUCAGCGUCCGCAGCUUCAGAAGAUCGUCACAGUCCGGCUUCGGCAUUGAAAGGGUCGAGGACAUCCUUAAUAUCAGGUCCAUCGACUAGUCACGCUCUACAAGGACUUAUUGGAGUCGAUUUGGACGAUUUCAAUUCAGAUUCUGAACCUUCUGGAAGUCCAGACAGCUUUUUAGGCAUCAAUGCAAGGAGUAGGGCUAACGAUGAUCAAGAUGAGUACAAACCCAGCAAGUAAGUUUUUAAAUUUAUUGAAAAUAACUUGUUUUAGGUUUUUAAGUAUAUAUUCAUAAACAAUGUAGAAAGUUACCUGCAUUAACAUUAGUUAAUAUCCAAAUUUACAUUAUUCAAGUCAAUAUGCUAAUUUCCUGUAUAUUUUUAGAACACGAGCCCGACGAACCGAAAGCAACGCCUCAGGGGCCGUUCGAUCCAAAGGAAAACAGAAAUCGAAGCCGGCGCAACAGAAGCCCUCGAUGCGGACCCGGUCGGGUGGGAAGCCGGCUUCAUGUAUAACACCUCAGGGCAUGGUGGCGCCCGAAAAGAAUCAUCGCGGCCGCAAGAACUGUAAGGGCAAGUCGGCUCGCGGGCGACGUGGAAAGACGGCUGCCGCAACGCUGAAGCCAGCCCGACCCGUGGAAGUGAGUCGACCUGUCGAGGAGAGGCAGAGGACGUCGAGCAAGGUCCGAAGUCACGACGACGUGGAUUACAUAAGGACGGCGAUUGUCAGUUGCCGAGAAAACCGGUUUCUGGAGUCGACCUGUCUUUGUUUGGUGUGUGGAAGUGUGGGCAAGGAUGCGGAAGCUACAAUGAUAACAUGCACGAGCUGUGCUCAGAGUUAUCACACCUACUGUGUUAACAUGCAUGAAAAGGUUGGUAUUUUGGACUUAUUUGGGGUUACACUGAAGUCUAGCUUUGUUUUUACUAAAAAUUAUAUUAUCCAUGAUUUAUUAAGAAAAAAGUCUUAUUUAAUGUCAAAAAUAUCAUUUUUAGUUACGUUUUGCGUUUUAAAAUUAGUUUUGUACUGUUUUUCAUUACCUUUUAACUGAUACGGUUAAUUAUGUGGUUUUGGUCUUUCCAGCUAAACAACACGGUCCUGAAACGAGGCUGGCGAUGUCUCGAUUGUACAGUUUGUGAAGGCUGUGGUACUGAUAAGGACGAGUCGAGGUUACUGCUAUGUGAAGAAUGUGACAUAUCUUUCCAUACGUAUUGCCUAGAUCCACCUUUGAAAGAGAUACCCAAUGGUCCUUGGAGGUGUAAAUGGUAGGUUUUGGCAUUAUUUGAUAGGUUUUUUGAGCAUUUAUUCUAAAAAAUUAUAAAUUUUGAAGUUUUUGGGUGUUUUUUUGAUUUUUUUGGCGUUUUUUUCAGUUUAAAAAAUUGAAAUUUGAUGUAACAUACCAAGCCUCUUUCACAAACUACCAUAUUUUAGGUGCGCCACGUGUUGUCGCUGCAACAAACAAGUCCAAUCAGGUCUAGAUCUAUCCAAGCUCGAAGGCCUGUGUGAAACCUGUUAUUCCCUGAGGAAAUGUCCCAAAUGUUGUAGAUUGUACGAACAAGGAGAUUUGCUAAUAAAAUGCCAUCACUGUGAACGAUGGUAUCACGGACCGUGCGAGAGCUACAACACAGAAGACGAAGUCGAGAAUGCGUCGGAAAACGCCUUCAGAUGCUCGUUGUGUAGGCCCAAAUUGAAUACCUAUCGUGAGUUUUUGAGGAUUUUUAAAUUAUUUUUUUGAUUUUUUGGAUUGAUAUUGAACUGUAAAAUACGCGACAUGCAUUUUUUACGUUGUUUAGAAAGAUAAAUGUUACCUAAUUAGUACGAUUUUAACGAAUUUACAAUUUUUCAUUUUCAGAAGAAACCCACAGCGUCAUAGACAAUGUAAUGGUAACUCGCACAGGCCUCGAAAUGUUCCCCCAACUCCGCAGAACCAACUCGAGUAUGUCGUUCAACGAUGGAGCUUACCGCACCUCAGUAGAUCAGGAUGACUACGAAGUUGAUGACAUUUCAAAUGACCUCAGCUUCUUCCCCACAGGCCCUCGAGGUGGCAGAGGUCGAGGAUCUGGAGCCGGAAGACGAGUUACACGAAUUGGAGUUGGUGGAUUCGUAGUCAGAAUCCCCAGACAUCGGCUACUAGCAGAACUCACGAAUCAAGGCAAAGAACUGUUGGCGGAGGAAGGUGAAGGUGAUAAGAAAACGAGGAAACCAAGGAAGCCGAGACGGCCGAGGCUGGAAGAAGCUUACCCACUGCACAUUCAAGAAGCUUUUUUUGGUAUAGAACCUGUAGACUCGAGGACGAUCCUCGAGAUCCCAGUGGAAGAACCAGUAUUGGGAGAACAUCACAACUUCAACCUCGAGGAUAAGGUCAGCAAGCUCGGGACUGAACUCCAUGGCCAGGCAGCCGCGGCCUUAAGAGAACAAGAAGAAAGUGAUCUACUAAGACUAUUCGAUCUAGGUGGUACUGACAUUGAUGAUGGUAACUUCGAUCUAGAUGAUCUCAACUUCACAGACGAACUCGGCCUAGCUGACGACAGUAUGGACAUGCAGGAGAACGACUUUGAUGACAACGAAGCCCCAGCUGACCGCCAACAGUUCCUCGCUCAAAUGGAGGAGAGUCACGAACGCCAACGACAGCUUCAAGAACAACAACGCCAAGGCCAAUCGGCCGGACAACCCCAGCCUCAGGCGGCCCUAAAAGGCAUGACAUCGACCGCGGGACAGCCCCAUGCCCAAGAGAAAAACAACGGAAACGCGGCCACCGAGAGCUGGGAGAAGGACGAGCCCUUAGGAGAUAAGGCUACAAAAGCAGCUGUUUUGUAUGCAAAUAUCGUACAUCCCGAGCUGAAGGAAAAGUUCCCUCAGUGGAGUGAGAGAGUGAAGCAGAUCAACAAACAGUGGAGACAGCUGGAUGCCGAUAAGAGAUUGGAAUAUGUCGCUAAAGCCAGGGAAAACAGGACUAACAUGCCCAGAGGAAGACCGAGGAGGGACAACAGUCAGAAACUGUCGAUGGACGACCAGGAAGCUUCUAGGGACAGCUUCAAGAUGGAGUCAAGCACUCCGACUGAGCCAGAACCAGAUUCUAACACAAUGCCUCCACCCACUCCCAUGGCCAACGGCAACCCUCCACCCUACCAACCCCAACCUCAAGUCCAUAUGAAGCCUCAGCCUGUUCCAGUAGCUCAACCUAUGAACAUGAGACCUCCACAACAACAAGGAAUGCCAGCACGACCAGUACAGUACCAAAUGAACGGUCAUAGUGAAGGUCAGAUGGCUGCUCAACCAGUAAUCCAACCUCAACAUCACAUUCAAGGUCAGAUGCAAGGUCAGCCAAUGAAUGCUACUGGAAUUCAAGGUCAGAUGCCUUCAGGACAAACGGGACAAGGACAGAUGACAUCACAACAACAAUUGCCUCAGAACAUGCCUAAUCAACCAGGCAUGCCACAACAACAUGGUCUACCACAACAGCCAAUGGGUAUCCAACCCCAAAUCCCUGGCCAACAACCCAUGCCCAACCAACAAAUCCCUGUUCAAAUGCCGUACCAACAACAACAUCACCCAAUAUCUCAACAAGGGAUGGCCAAUCAGCCCAUCCCAAUGCACGGUAUGCAGCCAGUUCAUCCUCAGAUGGUACAACAACAACCAAUUGCUAUCAUCUUCAACAAACUAGCUCCACCAAAGCUAGAUGAAUAUGUCGGACUGAGGAAUCUGUUGGCCAAGAUCGAGCAAGACCAAAAGAAGGUCGAGGAAGAGCUGAACAAGCUGAGGAAGGUGAAGAAGAACAUGAGUGCCAAGAGAAGGAACGUUAAGAAGAACUACCAGACGGCCCAAGAGAACGGUCAGCCUUUGCCUGCCGAAGACUUGCCUCCAGAAGACGUAGAGAAGCUGGAGAAGGUACUAGAAGAUGUCACCAAGACCCAGAAGUACAAUGAAGGCAUCAAACAGAAGUUCAAGGAGGUCACGAGCAAGCUCACCAACUUCGAGCAGUCCAACGGCAUACCAGACCAGAAAAGUGUACCAUUCGAGAUGCUGAUGCACGCCAAAGCCCAUCCCGAGAUCCUACAACAACCAAUGUACGUCAACUCGGAAGGACAACAGCUACAGUCUCCCAACUUCUACAUGGAGAAUCAGAAUCCCAUGAUGAGGCAGCAGGGAAGCUUCGGGAAUCAGAAUCAGUUCGGAAGCCAACAAGGACCGUUUGGUAACCAAGCCUUCUUCAACGGCCAACAACCCGGCUACCCGAACGGUGUCAGAGUCCCACCGUACACCCAGCAAGUGGCACGUCAAAUGGUGUCUCCAGGUGUCAACGGAUCGUCACCAACUACUCCAAUCAGUGGAAGACCCGGAUCCUCGGCUUCCAUUGAUCCUACGCCUAAAGCUGGCCGAGGUCGGAAACGGAAGCGAAUCAUGCUACCGAACGAGGAGACUAGAGCCGAGACGAUGGGAGGGCAGGUCUACGCUCAGCUUCAUACUGAAGUCGAACGUGAAGUAUACAAUUCUGUCAACCUCAUGAUCGAUUGGGUUCUCUUGGCUGUAGCAGGUGAAACUGAAACGUUGAUGAGAAAACUCCCGACCUUGAAGGUCAGUGAACCCUUUGACGAACUCUUCAACCCGUAUCAAGCGGCCGAACUUCCGAAAGCCAAGAAGAAGCGGCAGAUCGUGAAGAAACCCUCAAGCAACGAUGCUACUGAGUACGAUUUGUUUGUGGGAAAACUAGAGAAUCAGCUCAAAGGGUGUAUCAUCGAGAAUGUCCAGUUCGAACAAAGUCCUGACAGUGGAGAUCGUCACUUUUCCGAUGACACCCAAUUCCCAUGGAGGAAUGGUGUUACCUACUUCGAAGGCACUGAAAUCGGAGAAUAUAAGCCCAAGUUCAUGGAUGACUACUACUCAGUGGUCGAGAAGUUUGAAUCCUUUGAUCCGACGCCAAUCUACCCACGCACCAUGAAUCAGAUCUACUGCGACGUCGACUUGGAAGACCUGGAGCGAAGUGAAUGUCAGAUCCCAGAAGGCCUGAACGGCAGUCUUCACAACGAUCGUCUGGAUCCGAGAGUGAAGCAGGAAGCCAUGGAAGUUGAUGAAGAUUCAGAACAGCGUAGCGUGGAGCAACGGCGUAACUCGAAUGUAUCACAACAUCGUGGUGAAAAGAUUGUGAACAUGGACUGUUAUCACCUAAAAUGGCGUUCCAUAUGUUCAGAUGAAAUUGGAGAAUCCACGAUUCUACCUUUCAUGCACCGUGUUCCAGAGAAGCCGAUUCCAGUAGAACCUCACAAGUCCGCCGUGAAACGACUUCUGAACAGAGAUUCUACAGAGAAGUUCAAGGUGGAGUUGGUGGGUAACAUCGAUGUGCGGGAAGAAACCAUCACCGAGCUGAAGAACAUCCUCGGGUAUUCUGGAGAGAUCACGGUGAAGGACAUCUCUCAACAAAGCAUCGUGAAGCCAGAACCAGUGAAUCAGAAGCCAGUGGUACCCAAUUGUGUACAAUGUGGAGAGAAGGCUUCACAAGAGAAGGCUUUUUUGGACACCAUGCCCGCCUUCGGAUUCGGCAAAAACACUCCGGAUCUGUGUUCGUAUCGUUGUAUCUUCAUGUACCUGGCUGAUGCCAAACGACCCAUACGACCCGAGCUGUUCAAUGUAGCCAAGGAGUACGUGGACGAGCUUACUGUAGUCAAACUGAUCGACAAUUACCGUCAGUUCAGCCUACGGAGCAAUCCAGUCUCCAAGGAUGCCUCAGGCAAUCCACUGCCAGAAGACGUGCUCACUGACUUCCCUUUCUUCUACCAGAACAACAUCCACUCGAAGAAUGAGUUGGUACUCAAGGUGGCAGACAUUCCCUUAAUGAACAACCAAAAGCAGCGAGAGCGGCCGAAAGGCCAAUACAAGUGGAAGAAGAGCUUCUGGAUGUCGUACGAUGGAUCCAUUCUACAGAGCUUUGAACGACCACACAACGAGGUUCGGCAGGUUCGUUUGUGUCGUGGUUGUGUGCAUGUUAAUGUAGAUAUUCAGCUUUAAAAACGUUAAAUGUAGCAUCAGACUUGUUUUAAAAUGUCAUUUUUAUUGAGAAUAUUAUAAUUUAACCACCUUUAAAAGCCUUAAAGUCAAUGAUAAGCUUUUUUAAAUUUUAAAAAGUAUCUGUAACAAAGUCCCUCGCCAUGGUUAAUAUAAUAUAUUUUCAGAAAUUCGCUGCUUUCCAACACAAACUCAACGGCCGUGUCGCUUCUCGUGACGAUGAUCUACGCCAAUGUGCCUUCUGCUCUCAACGUGGGGAUGGAGAACAACAUCAAGGUGGCCGUCUUCUGAAUCUGGAUGCCAAUGAAUGGGUACACGUCAACUGUGCCAUGUGGUCUUCGGAAGUGUUUGAGAAUGCGGACGGUGCCCUGCUGAACGUGAGAGAAGCCCUGCGUCGUGCCGAAGAUGUCUUCUGUAGAGUUUGUCACAAAGCCGGAGCAUCGCUACGCUGCUACAAGCUGGACUGUCCUCAACACGAGAUCGGGUACCAUCUUUUGUGCGCCAAAAAGGCUGGUGGAAAGUUCGGAAAAGACAAAAACUUUUACUGUCCUGCCCACGACAUCAGACCGGAAGCCUGUGUGAGUAAAUGGGACAACCUGAGACGGAUCUACAUCGAACGACCGGAGAAUCAGUUGCUGGCCAAGAUCUUCAACAAUACCUACUCGAGCGAGAUGAUGAUGAGAGUCGGUAAUCUCAUCUUCACCCAGUUGGGACAACUUCUGCCAGAACAAAUCAAGAAUUUCCACACCGAGGAGUACAUAUACCCAGUAGGGUAUACUGUAGUAAGACUGUUUUGGUCCCCAAUCAACGUCAAUGAGCUAGCCAGAUUCGAAUGUACCAUCAAGGAAGAUGACAGUCGCCCCAUUUUUAAGGUCAGAUGUCUGGAGACAGAACUAUCGGAUAGAACCAUGGAAGGAGCCUGGUCGAGGGUUCUAUUGGCAGUACAACAACUACGAGAGAAGACACGAUCCCAAGGAACGGAGAUCCUCAGAUUCUACCCCGACCUCAUGAACUGUGCCAUGCUAUUUGGUGUGAACGAGAGUGCCAUCACCAAAAUGACAGAAAGUCUCCCAGGAGUCGAUCAGAUGUUUGACUACGCCUUUCGGCACGGUGGCCUUCCCCUGAUGGACCUUCCUUUAGCUCUGAAUCCUUCAGGAUGUGCACGAUGUGAACCUCACUGUCGCACGUUAGUCAAACCACGAUUCAGAAGUCUAACUCAAAGUCCUAUGAAGGCGGAGAAGGUGAAGAAGGAUGCCUUUAACGCUGAGAUCAUGUCGAGAGAAUCCAGGAGAACUCGAGCUCAACGUAGCAUCAACCUCUACGGAAUGACCGAGGACUACAUCAAGAUGAUGAAGAAGUCCGGCAUCACGGAAGAGAUGCUCAUCGCAUCCCACGUCAGAUACGAUGCCAACUCAGUGCACAAUGCGCACACUCAGUACAAGAAGAUGAAGAACGAGUGGCGGAACUACGUGUAUCUGGCACGCUCCAAGAUUCAAGGUCUAGGACUAUAUGCCAAACGAGAUAUCGACAUGAACUCGAUGAUUAUAGAGUACGUCGGAGAAGUGAUACGAUCAGAAGUGUGUGAAGCCAGAGAGAAAAAGUAUCUGGCACAGAACAGAGGGACCUACAUGUUCAGAAUCGACGACGAUUGGGUGAUUGAUGCCACGAUGAAGGGCAGUCUGGCCAGAUAUGUUAACCAUUCCUGUGACCCGAACUGCUUCACCAAGAGAAUGAAGUUCAACGAUGAGGAAAAGAUCGUCAUCGUCUCGAAUCGACCCAUCAAGGCGGGCGAGGAGGUAAGGCUAGCAAAUUUAAUUUUGAAAAAUUUUAAAUUUCAGUUAAAGAAUGAAAUUUCAAUUAUUUGAAGCCUUCUAUACCCCCAGGCUUAAAUAAUCUAACCAUUUUCAAUUCCAGCUGAGCUACGACUACAUGUUCGAACUGGAAGACGACCAAACCAAGGUACCAUGCCUUUGUGGAGCACCAAACUGUAAAAAGUGGAUGAACUAA